AUGCCCAAUCUCAACCAGGUCACCAGGAAGCAAGCCCAAGAGUACUUCGACAACUCCUGGACACUGGUCGAGGUGUUGUUCGCUGGCUUCCAUGGUGAGGAGCCUUUCUACAGGCCUCCUGUGCACGGCCUCCGGCAUCCUCAAAUCUUCUACUAUGGACACACUCCCUGCCUGUACAUCAAUAAGCUGCGGGUGGCUGGAGUGCUCCAGGACCCUGUGGAUCCGUACAUGGAGUCCAUCAUGGAGGCACCGGAUCUUAUGAGAUGA